AUGGCGCUGGCCGCCACUUCCACUGCUGGCAUGACCACCGGCCUGAAAUUCCGGCGACAGAAUAGCUCGGCGGCUGACGGUGCGAAGAAGCUGUUGCUUGGCGGUGGGCCCAGCGGCAUCGUCGCCGCCGCCGACUUCGAUGGUGCCUCCUUCAACAUCGUGGCCAACGACUCGACCCCCGGCACCUCUGCCAGCUGGAUGGUGUUCAAGGAGCCAAACCUCCUGUACGCUGUCGAGGAGAACAGCAACAGCACCAGACUCUUCAACUUUGACCCCGCCACCAACGACCUGAAGCUGGUCCAGAAUGCCGCCGGGUCGUCAGGGGUCGUCUCCCUCGAGUUCAACCAGGACAAGACCGUUCUGGUCGGUGCUGCCUUUGGCCAGGGCCAGGUCGAUGUGUGGGAUGUCUCGGCGCCCGGCGGAACCCUCAAGCUCCUCAAGCAGAUUCCUGUUGGCGGCACCCCGGGUCCUGUCACGGGACGCCAGGACAGCCCUCAUCCCCACCAGGCCCUCCUUGACCCCAGCGGCCGCUUCUUUGCCGUCAACGACCUCGGCACCGACUCUAUUCUCGUCCUCGAUGGCCAGAACGACUUCAACAUCUCCAACCGCGUCACUGUUGAAGCCGGCAACGGCCCGCGCCACGGCGCUUUCGUCUCCUCGGGCGCCGACAAGGCUACUCACUACUUCCUGGCCUGCGAGAUCACGUCGGUGGUCAAGGCCUUCGAGCUGACCUACGCGGGAGACAACCUCGAGUUCAAGGAGGUCCAGUCUCUUUCCAGCUUUGGCGCCGAAUUCCCGCCCGCCAACGCCACCGCCGCAGCGGCGGGCGAGCUGGUGACCACCUCGGACGGCAAGCACCUCUAUGUCUCGAACCGUCUCACCGGCAACACCACCGACAGCAUCUCCCACUUCUCCAUCGACACCAACAACGCCGCCGCCCCGCUCGCCUUCGUGGACCAGGUCAGCUCGGGCGGCCUCAUCCCGCGCAUGUUUUCACUGGCCGCGGACGAAGGCGUGCUUUUCUCGACGAAUCAGGACGGCGAGAGCGGCUUGCUGGCGCUGGCCAGGGAUGCGAACACGGGCAGCCUGACCGAGGCGCCCGUUGCCAGCCUCACCGUGGACAAGUUUGGAGGUCCCAGCUUUGGGCCUCAGUUUGUUAUGGAGGUUGGCGCGAAGGGAAGCAACUCUUGA